CUAACUUGUCACAUUUCAAAUAAUAACCAGAAAUAUAAAACUACUCUUGAGUUGGGUAAAUACCACAAUUUUGCGGUGAUAACCACGACAUAUAACAGCUGAUUCGUGACGACACGGAUCUUAUAACCAAACUGAACUGAACCUAACUACACUCGCUUGAACGGAUCGGUAAAUACCAACCCAAAAUGGUAAAUACCAUUUCCAUUUGGUUAUCCGCUUGAAUUUGAUUUAUGAGUAACGUGUACUCGAGUACCGUAGUUACGUUUUCAACACCACUACGUACGCCGACCAACCGACGCAGGGAAAAACAACAGCAUAACCAACCAAUCGGCAAAAGUCAUAAUCAACUUCAUCCAUAUUACUAUACAGUUUAGUGUGUUAUAUAUGCGUCUGUGAAGUAACUCCAUUAUGGGUGGAUUAUUAGGUUGUGUUAAAAAACAAUCAGCUAAUGACAAUUGCCUAUACAGUCCUGUAUCAACAACAAGUUACCUCACAGACUCAAACUAUGAUGUACCAAAAAGAACACAAUGUACGGCUCAUGGUAAAGAAGUAGGAGACAGUAAUCUGGAACCGCAGAGUGACACUCAAGAAGAGUGGAAUGAUGGCUUGGAUCCCUACAGCUUCAAGAAUUCUGUUCCCCAAAUCACAGAGAAUACGACUAACACUAGAGAGGAAAAAGGAAUGGAUUUAUCUAAUUGCAACAAAUUAGUUCCUGGCAUGAGGGGUGGUAUGAUUGAAAAUCCACAGGUUCAAUGUGAAGUGGAACCAUAUGAUUGCAAGAAAUCAGUUCCGCAAGUCUCAGAAAGUACAAUUAACAACAAAGACUGUAAAGAAGUGGAUUCACAUAAUGGCAAACAAUCCAUUUCUCAAAUCCCGAAAAGUGAUUCGAAUGACAAAAAAUCAGUUCCCCAAAUCACAAAACAAACUAUCAUCGAUUAUAGUCCACAUAUAAUUUGGGCAUCAUACAUUAUUAGCGUUAAACUAAACCGAACCCUUAUUAAGGAUUUGUCCAACAGUAUUGAUGUUACUGAUUGGUAUAGUAAAACUGAUAAUAACACAUACUGUACUGAACCCAUUGAAAAUGGAACAUUGGAGUAUCAAGAAGUAGCUACGCAGUUCAAAAGCACCAACAAGAAGUGCUUUAAAAUUGAUUACAUAGAGAAGGUGUAUAAUGUUUACUUGUACUUGCAAUUCAGAUUAAAAGAAAAGGCAAAAGCCAGUAGAUUACAAUAUCCGAUCACCGCAAAUCUUUUUCAUGGAACAAGGGCUUGUAACAUUAUAGGAAUAUGUCAAAACAAUUUUGAUUGGAGACUGAGGGGAACUGCACUAGGUCAUAAAUUUGGACAAGGUGUCUCUUUUACGAACAUAUCAAACUACGCAACACAUUAUGGUGAUUUGAAACGUCCGAAAAAAGUGAUGAUAUUGGCUCAGGUACUUGUUAGCGGUACGUGUAUUGGUAAUUCAAAAAUGGUUAUUCCUCUAGAAUGCUAUGACACUGCAACCAAUCAUAAUAAUCAGGUGUUUGUUAAGUUUGAAGAUAAUGAAUUUUAUCCAAGUUAUGUGAUACAUUACAGAGGGUUCGAUCCAACGCGAAACCGAUGACUUAUUGAAUGCAUUAAUUCAUUUCUUGCUGUUUUUCUAAUAAUGUUGGUUAAAGAUAUGAAAUGUUUUGAUGUCGGGCUCACUGCUAACUCAAUGAUCCAAUUUGGACUAAGAUAUUUUACAGUUCCAAUAGAAGACUGCCACUCGCUCCCGCAGUGAUCGAUUUUGGUAAUAGAUGGCACUUGUGCGAUCGUACUCAGCAGGUCCAUAAUAAAAGGCCGGAAGUCAUUUUUUAAACAGCCUGUUUGGAUGAGUAUUCUAAAUCAUUAUCUUAUUAUUUCAUGUAUAGAGAUGACUAAAAAAACAAUGUUAUAAUUGUAUUGUCAAAAAAUGUAUUGGUUGUUUUUGUUAACAAAUAUUAGUACAGCUCUGAAAUUGUAUGUGAAUAUUCCACUUUUAUGAAAGAAUGAAGCAAGUGAUUAGUUUUAUGCUUAUCACUUUUUCAAUUCUAAAAAUAUUUGAUUAUGAUUGAGUUUUCAAAAAAUAAAGUUUUUUGAAGAGAGAAAGUGAUAGAGAAACAAUUAAUCACCUCCCUCAUUCUUCCAUAAAAGUGGAAUUUUCACAUACAAUUUUAAAGCUGUACUAUUAUUUGUUAGCAAGUUACGAUUCAAGAAAAAAUGCACAAAAAGAUGCAUGUUUUGACAAAAAAUAAACUGAUAAGAUUGUUCUUUGGUCUUCUCUAUACACCACAUGAAACAAUCAAGGAAAAGACAUGCGACGUUAAAGCAAAGAAUAGUGAAAAUCUUUUUGUCCAUCUUUAAUCAACAUUUACAGAAAAACCGCAAGAAAUAAAAUGUCGCAACUUAAUGCAUUUUUAUCACCGUAUUUUUGUUCUAUUUGGCGAUCGCCAUAUUCGAUUCACAAUGGCGUCACUGCUUAUUAUAUUUUUCUCAUCAAUCCCUUCAUGGGAUACCCAUACCAUAGGGGUUAUAGUGGAAAUGAUAAAACGUCAUUGUGUAGCAUCCGCCCGAUUGGAUUCAAAAUGGCGGCGUUCAAUUUAAAUUAACUGGAUUUUUAUAAGUAUGAAAAGUUAAAUUUUCCAUAUGUGCCGCGUCUAGAUUAAUUUUUUUAGUUAGGUAUAUGAUUUUAUUACAGGAAACAUGUACUACUAAUAUCUGUUCUUAUAGUUAAAUA